AUGGCUGCAGUAGCUCAAGUCUCUGCUUCUCUCUGCCUCUCCAUUCACGGUGUUAGUGUUGUUAGCUCAUCAAGCACCCACCUUCCCUUUUCCCGAUUGCCCACUUCUAGUUUUGCACGAAAUGGGACUACUUUCGCUACUGGGUCUCCACUCUUGAUAUCAAGAACUUCUCAUCAGAAAAGGGCUUCAGGGAGAACAACAUUUGUUUCUGUAAGAUGUGAGCAAAGUACCGAGGGUGGCAGCGGUGUGGAUGUAUGGAUUGGACGGCUUGCAAUGGUUGGCUUUGCUGGGGCUAUUAGUGUUGAAGUAGCUACAGGAAAGGGACUUUUGGAGAUCAGUGUUAUGGGAGCAAUCAUUUCCCGACUUGCAAGAAGAUUCCUUCCAAAGAUUGAAAUUAGAAUUCUCAUGGUGGGGCUUGAUGCAUCCGGGAAAACAACCAUUCUGUACAAACUAAAGCUCGGAGAAAUUGUUCUUACAGUACCUACAAUCGGUUUUAAUGUGGAGACAGUGGUGUACAAAAAUAUAAGUUUCACUGUGUGGGAUGUAGGAGGACAACAGAAGAUUCGGCCUCUAUGGAGACACUACUUUCAGAAUGCCCACGGACUCAUCUUUGUCGUGGACAGCAAUGAUAGGGAGAGAAUUUCGGAAGCUCGCAAUGAACUACAUAGCAUUUUAUCUGAUAUCGAACUAAAGGAUGCAAUACUGCUCGUCUUAGCCAACAAGCAGGACGUUCCGAAUGCUAUGUCUGUUUCUGAGGUUGCUGAAAAGCUUGGACUGUUUGCUCUUAAACAGCGUCGCUGGCACAUUCAAAGCUCUUCUGCCACGUCUGGGCGUGGACUAUAUGAAGGUCUAGACUGGCUAUCUAACAAUAUCUCCAACAAGGCAGCAUAA